AUGUCGGACGACCAUUCGUGGGUUAGUCAACUCAGAGCACUACCCACACGAGCAAACCAUAUGCUCAAGGUGGAUUACAUCGAUGUCAAUCUCAACAACUCCCGCAAGCUUAUGGGAAACAUCAACCAGCUCGGCGAAACCACCGACCACGCCGUCGACAACCAUCAAGCGUUAGUCGAUGCACUCGCACCCCUCCAAGUGGUGAAUCACGAGCUUGCCUGGCUAACCGCCGAUAUCGGGACACCGCCGCAGCCAUCGCCGGCGCCAGUGGCUGCGGCCAGUAUCGGAGAGAAUGACUCCGGCAGGCUGUCUCAGUGA